AAAGCAAACGCGAACCGAAAUCAGCUAAAACAGUUUUAAUUUUUUGUUCGAAGAGUGCGCUUUGUGCUGCGGUGCCAAAGCGUCUUGAUUUGAAAGUGGAGUCAUUUAAGACGGCUUGACUGUGACAAACAGCAAAAUAGAUCGAUUCGGCGCGAGUGUUUGUUUAUAAAUGCUUAUAGUUUUUUAAAAUAUUAUAAUUAAUUAUCUGAAAUUAUUAACUUUUAAACAAAAUAGUGCUUUAAGAAAUUAAGCACGCUAUGUCCAAUAAGUGAUCGAUUUAAUUAAAUAAAAGUGGCGCGUUUACUUUUUAAUAAUUUGUAUGGUUUUUUACAAAAUUCGUAUGUAAAGCGUACCUUUCCGAAAAACAAAAUACCGAACUGUAAAUAUUCAAUAAUUUUAAAAAUAAGUGCAUUUUAAACAGAAGUAAUAAGAAAACACUGCCAAAAUGUUUGAUGUAUUCGGCUCCGUUAAGGGGCUUCUGAAAAUCGAUCAGGUCUGCAUCGAUAAUAAUGUCUUUCGCAUGCAUUACAAAGCUACUGUAAUCAUAUUGAUUGCAUUCUCUCUACUGGUCACUUCUCGUCAGUAUAUUGGUGAUCCAAUUGAUUGUAUCGUGGAUGAAAUUCCUUUGGGUGUUAUGGAUACCUAUUGCUGGAUUUACUCGACAUUUACGGUGCCAGAACGUUUGACUGGUGUCACUGGACGCGAUGUUGCACAGCCAGGUGUGGGACCGCAUAGAGAAGGGGUGGAUGAAGUGAAAUAUCAUAAGUACUAUCAGUGGGUUUGUUUUGUAUUAUUCUUCCAAGCCAUACUAUUUUAUGUACCACGUUACUUGUGGAAAUCGUGGGAAGGUGGUCGUCUUAAGAUGUUGGUUAUGGAUCUCAAUAGCCCAAUUGUGAAUGAGGAAUGUAAAAACGAUCGCAAAAAAAUAUUAGUCGAUUACUUUGUGGACAAUUUGAAACGACACAAUUUUUAUGCAUUCCGUUUUUUCGUUUGUGAAGCUAUGAAUUUUGCUAAUGUUAUUGGACAAAUAUUCUUCGUGGACUUCUUCUUGGAUGGCGAAUUCUCUACAUAUGGUAGCGAUGUAUUGAAAUUCACCGAAAUGGAACCUGAUGAACGUAUUGAUCCCAUGGCAAGAGUCUUUCCAAAAGUAACAAAAUGCACCUUCCACAAAUACGGUCCUUCUGGCUCGGUGCAGAAAUUCGAUGGUCUUUGCGUGUUGCCAUUGAAUAUUGUCAACGAGAAAAUCUACGUGUUCCUGUGGUUCUGGUUCAUCAUUUUAAGUAUUUUGUCCGGAAUUUCCUUAGUGUACCGUGUUGCUGUCGUGAUGGACAAAUGUAUGUCUUUAUAUCGAAAUACUAUAAAACCAACUGAAAUCAAAUACAUUGCAAAGUAA